GGGUAAAGUGCUCUCGAGGCAGCAAAUUUGAUGAUGACCAUGAGUACGAUGGCUGACGGUCUGGAGGCUCAGGACUCGUCCAAAUCGGCGUUCAUGGAGUUUGGUCAGCAGCAGGCGCCCUCGCAGCAGAGCUCGCCGUCGGUGGGCGCCGGCCACUACCCGCUGCACUGCCUGCACUCCGGCGCGCACCAGCAGCAGCACGACGGCUCGCCUUACUCGGGCUCCGGCUCGUACAACCGCUCGCUCGCCUACUCGUAUAUGAGCCACCCGCACCACAGCCCCUACCUGCCCUCCUACCACAGUAACGCGGCCGCGGCGCACACCAGGUUAGACGGCACAGGUAAGAGACAGCAGAAAACAACAGUGAUUGAAAACGGAGAAAUACGGUUCAACGGGAAGGGCAAGAAGAUCCGCAAACCGCGGACCAUCUACUCCAGUUUGCAGCUACAGGCUCUGAACCACCGCUUCCAGCAGACCCAGUAUCUCGCCCUGCCAGAACGCGCGGAGCUCGCCGCCUCCCUCGGCCUCACGCAGACACAGGUAAAGAUCUGGUUCCAGAACAAGAGGUCGAAGUUCAAGAAGCUGCUGAAGCAAGGCAGCAACCCCCACGAGAGCGAGCCUCUGCCGGGCUCCCUCGCGCUGUCCCCGCGCUCGCCGGCCAUCCCGCCCAUAUGGGACGUGUCUGCGUCCUCCAAAGGUGCGAGCAUGUCCGCCAACAGCUACAUGCCCGCCUACUCCCACUGGUACUCCUCUCCUCACCAGGACUCAAUGCAGAGAUAGGCUGCGCGCGCCCGGCC